AGAACUGUCAAAACGGUUGUCAUUCUCCGAAAAGUCCGCUUGUGGUGGGUGCAAAAUUUUGCAAUGUUUUCUCGGUUUGGGACAAUUUUCUCAUAAAUUCGGUGUGUUUUCGGUGCAAUUGUGGAGCGGUUUGCUGUGCAUAAUAAAGUGUACUUGAUAGAGUGGUGAACCCGUGCUUGACGGAGGUUUGAUUUUCUAGGAAGAACCCUAGCCCCGAAUCGAAAUCAACAAGCCGCCUUAUUUUCGCGGCGUCUUCCUUAAUGGCGUAAACAUAGAAAAAGAGCGCAUCUUGAAGGAAAAAAAAAUGGAUCAAUACCCGUACAGCAUCCCACCGGGGUUCAAUUCGUAUGCGGGAAAUCCCCCGGAGAAAAAUACGGACCUACCGAUUGAAAGCGCCGUUCCCGGUCAAAAUCCGUACUUCGCAACAGAAGUACCGCCCUUUGGAUAUGUUCCUCCCAUGGCAGCACAAGAACAUCAUCAUCAUCAGCAACAGCAUCUUAUUCCACCAAAUCCCGUACCGAUUCCAUCGGUUCAUGCUAACGGGAUGAUGCCGUCGGUUCCGCCAGAAGUUACAGCGGGAUUCACUCCAUAUAACAACAUGCCAGCUUACGGUGGACAGCUUCCGGACACAGCAGUGCAGAUGCCACCUAUGGUUGCUCCCGUUGGGAUAGACGGAAUGUAUAAUGCACAAAGCUUCGAUCCGCAAGGAGCUCCUAGUGCUCAACCCUCCGAUUUUUAUCAUCCGCCGGUAUCGGUCGUCAAUCCUCCGGCAGCGGUUCCACCAGUAGACGUCGUUGAGCCCAACGCGACUGAGAACGUUGGACCGUCGGAAACAUUAAUAUUUCCACAAGAUAAUCAAGGACCAGUUGCUGAUACUGUUCCUGAAGUUUCGAACAGCAACGCUGAGAUAGCUGUGAAUGAGAAAUCAACGCAAGAAACAGUUCCAAAUGUUGUUGAAGAUUCCAACAAAGAGUCUACUCAACAAGCGGAGGCGUCAGAACCGGCUGCCUCUGAAGAAACCCCGGAUUCGCCCAAAGAACCUCCACAGACAUCACUCACCACCGAAUCAGGCGAACCACCGGUCACGGAAAAUGUCGACCCUGCAGCGAAUGAAGUCUCAGACGAUGCUCCUCAAGAAGAAACAGAUUUUCCGCCAAAGUCCCAUAGUCCAACUCCCCCGCGCAAUCUGGGCGCAUCAACCGAAGAUGUCUGCGCGACAUCGGUCAAGAAGAAGCGACGACGAAUCAUGACGCUCAACGAUGAGGAAGACAGUGGAGAUGACGAUAAUACCAAUCGCAUGGAGUUGCUUCGGUCACCGGAACCCGAAUCGACUGAAGCGAAUGAUGUUCCUGGGGCUAGCUCGAUUGCUGAUGACCCAGCAGGAGAGGUUGAACGACGUCGUAGUAAUGAAGGCAAUAGAUCAGAUGACGACAGUGAAAGAAAUCAUGACGAAGAUGAUGGUCGACCGAAAUCGAGUACAUCUGGUGCUGCGUCCAUUUUCCAGAACGUAGUCAUGAUCCCGGCUGGAGGAGAAUCGGAGGCCCAUAAGCGAAAGAAGAUUCGGGUAUUGGACAGUGAUGACGAUGAGGAAGAACAGAAGCCGCUUGUCAAUGUGGACGACAUCGGAUUGACAGGAGAAGGAGCAGAUGAUCUAAAUCCGGGUGGUUUGCUGGUGGACGAGAAUGCCGAGAAUGACGAUCUUGGCGCCGUGGAUGGGAUCGAAUUGGAUAAAAUGGAGCAAAUAGUGGCAAUGGAUGCACCGAUCAUCGAUCCAAGUGAAAUGGCGAAUGAAGAUGAAGAUGACGAAGACGGUGGAUCGAAUGUUGGCGAGCACGACGAGAAUGAGAAAGAUACAAGCGAUCGAGAAGGUGGCGAAGAGGAACAGGAGGAGGAAGAGUUAGGCGAAGAAGAGGAAAUCGUUGAAGAAGGUGUAGAAGUAAUAACUGCAGAAGAUGACGAUGGAGAAGCGAUUGGAAUAGCAACGGAUGACGAGCAGGAACUCGAACAAAAUGUAGAACCCGAUGCAGCUUCGGAAGCGGCAGCUUCAGACGCAGCAGCUUCAGAUGGAAGUGAAGGAGACGACAAUCGAGGGAGUGGUGCAGAUGAUGAACAAGCGUCAGAAGUCGAACGAUCAGAUGCAGAAGAUCAAAGUGAGUCCGAGAAGAGUGAUAAAGAAGAAAGUGAUCAGCAAGAAGAAGAAGAUGACGAACAGAAUGACCAAAGUGAAACGCGAUCAACGUCAACGCCCGUCGAACAAGACAAGGAAAGCCAAGAAUCCGAUUCCAAGCAGCGACGCAAAAGAAGUGACGAGACCAAAAGAUCCGACAGUGACGAUGAUGUGGUUUGUCAGAAUGAUCUGGAACUGAACACGAUAUCUUUGCUCACGGAUGAAGAAGAUGAUAACACUACGCCAUUGCCUCCGCCCAAGAAGGAGCUUCCCGUCGUGAGGAUAGUUAACAUCAAAAAAGAAUUGCUGGACGAUCGAUUUGCACGGAGGGAGGCCGCCGCACGGUUGGAUGCGGCCACAUCAUAUCAACAGCAGCACUACAUCAAAAAACAGCAGCAAAUGGCACAAAAGAAGCGAGAGAAGCAGAAGAAACGGAGCGAACGAACCUUCGAUAACAAUAAUCCGUUUGGUGCAUGGAGCAGUUCCUCCAGCGACGAUGAAUUCAUCCCGAACGACAUCUAUUUCGGGACACCGGAUCGGGUAUUUACAGCCACUACAAAAAUACGAUGUCAGCGUCAGAAGAUGCUAAACGAUCGUUACUCGAAACAGAGCAAAACGAAUCGAUCCAACAAGCGGAAAUAUGGUGAAGAACCAGACGCAGACCAACGACGGAAGCAGAAGCAAAAGCUUGAAGAAAUUUCCCGUCUCAAUCUACCCACUUAUCAGCAGCAACAGCUGCAAACCCUGCUAAGGAAGAAGAAAAAGAACCGACCCGAUCGGUUCUACGACAAAUCACAGGACAUUCCCAAUGAUAUCUACUUUGGAAAUGUGAAUGUUCCUCUCCAUAUUUUGCAUGGUUUUGGGGAUAGUUCAUCGGAUGAAGAGCGGAGGGGUGGAAAUAUCUGGAGGACGUCGCAACCAAGUACUAGCAGCACUAGCAGGAGUGCGAAGUAUCAAUCAAGUAGCAAAACUUAUAAGAAAGCUUCGUCAUCUUCCAGUUAUAAAUCGCCACACAGUCCCAGCAAUGAUCGGUCGGUGCAAGCGAUGAAGGAGUACUUGAAAAUCGCUGGAUUCAAGAACGUGAAGUUCCACAAACUAUGGGAAGGUUGCAAAUCAAAUCAGGAACGGGCCAAUGCCAUUCUACGUCUUAUGCAGGAAAAGGGCUUGGAAGGGGAGCCCACCAUAGCGAAGUGUCGUGAGCUGCGCAAGCAACUGCAAAUGGAGCGAGAGGCCCAAGUGCUGGACACUAGUUUGAUCAUCGAUUCGGGCGAAGGUCGGAUAACACGAAGAAGUGCAAGAAAUACGCAAAACCAGCUAUCCCCGGGUCCACCCUUAGACCCCAAUGCACCCUCAACGUCGGGUCUUUCGCAACCUCCGGCUGUUCCGCCGGAAAGUUUGGAGACAUUGAAUCGCAUCCGGAAUGUGAUCGAUCCGGACUCCGACGGGGAAGAGUAAUCCACGAUGUACACAUAGGUAGAAGAUUUCGAUCGUAUUCCUUGGCCAUACAAAAUUUUAACUGAGCAAGUCAACAGCAGUAGUGAUUGAAUUGUAAUUAUGAUUGAAAUCAUAGAAUGUUUCAAUUUUCUUUUGCAGGACAUCAAUUUUCAAUGAUUUACAAAAUAUGCGCUGUUUUCUCCAAGAGAACGCAUAAAGAUUUUAUUUCCAUAGAUUCACAUUAUAAUUUUAUGAUGAUAGUUUCCUACAAACAGAUUAUUUCCACAAACACUAUUAUUGAAAGUUUAAACCAUAGAAUAUGUUAUACACAAAUUAGCACCGUAUAUUAAGAAAUGAAAAUUGUAAAUGCUUAGAAUACAUUGUGGAAUCAAAAGUCACUCUCAUUAGAAUAGGGAAACCGAAAUAAGUCAGAGAAAACAAAUUUUACAAGCAGAUAGAAUCGAUAUAUGUAUAAUAGCUUGAACAUAAAUUUAAAUAAAACUUGGCUUUUCGAAAUGUGCA